AUGCCCGACUCGACGCUCUACCUCUACACUUCAUUGACCGCGGGGUCAUCGCACAUUGUCACUGCGACCGCCCGAAUUGAGACGAUCCUCAAAGCAAACAAACUCCCCUUCCGCGCUAUCGAUGUCGCCACCGACGAUGCUGCCCGCAAACUCUGGGGCCGACGGUCCAAGGGCAAGAAAUUGCCAGGAUUGGUGAAAUAUGGCGAUAUUGUGGGAGACCUGGAAGAAAUAGAAGAAUGGAACGAGUUCGGGGAACUGCGCAUGGUAGUGAACAGUGUGCAGGACCUCGGUGGGAUGACCCCCACCAGCUAUCCUAUCCCAGCAGCGACCGAGACCAAGAGCGAACCAGAACCCGCGACUCCAAAACCCUCCACAAUCAAGAUCCAAACCCCUCCCAUUACCGAGCCUGAAGAUAAGAAGGAUGAUAUGGCCGUGCUGGCACUACGCCAGGCUAGCUCAGAGGCUGCCUCCCAGGCCAAGGCCAAGUCAGACGAUAAGAAAGGGUCGAAAGAGCCCGAAAAGGAGCAGGCCGUAGAGGAGCAGGCUGCGGAGGAGCCUGUCGUCAGCCACACGCAUCGUGGCUCAGUUGCGCCCGAGCUGCCAGACACCGCGCCGGAUUCACCAAAGACCAGCAAACGCCCGGCACUAGUGCCAGAACAAGCGGCUGUAUCGUCGGCGAACUUCCAUGCGGAUAACGCUGAGGUGCUCGGGUUGGUUGGACACCAUCGCAAACCUAGGAUGUCAACACUUGAGAAUGCGGAUCAAGACAAGGCCGUGCACGAGAUUAGACAGUCCAUUUCUGCGGAAGAACCCGCCGGAAACCUUGAUGCUUUGCGCAAAGAAGCUGCAGAGAAAGCUAAGACCGAGCCGAUUGAGGAAGCUCCGAGCCCAAUCGUUGAGGUGGUGACCGGGAACAAAGAAGAACUUAUGGAACCCAAUGAGCCCAAAGGAAAUGCCAUUGCCGAAAUAAUUGCGAGGGCUGUCAGACCCCAACAAGUCCAGUCAGAGCUUAAGCAGACAGAGGCGAAUGGCGCCAAGCACACAGAAGAUAACAAGGAUGAUACCAAGGCAGGGCAGGUCCCCAAGUCGGAGUAG